AUGUUUGCAAUCUAUUAUUUAGAAGACACGAUUGAUGCCAGAAAACAAAAGCCUCAUUGCAUAGACAGACUGUCAACAAAUGAGACAACAUCAGAAGAUUGCCUUUAUCUAAAUAUUUUCCUCAAAGACAUAAAUCAACAAGUUGACAGCAAAAAGAAAGUACUCGUUUCCUUGUACGAUGAAAGUGAGUUUAGCUACGAUCCCGGAAGUUUGGUCACUGACCAUGACAUCAUAGUUGUAAUUGUACAGUAUAGGACUGGCCCGUUUGGAUAUCUGGCUAUCAACAAUGGAGAUGCCAUUGGAAACUACGGUCUAUGGGACCAAGUUCUCGCACUCAAGUGGGUCAAAAAUAACAUUGGUGCAUUUGGUGGAGACCCAGAUGACGUCACAGUUGCUUGGAAUGAAAAAGCGCAAUGUCUUGCACUGAGUCCAAUGUCAAAGGGUUUGUUCACGAAGGUUUUUGCAACAGGAGGGAUGACGUGGUAUCCAAAGAAAGCAGAUGAACAAUCGGACAAAGAGAUCAUUAAAUUCGCCAAAUCCUUGAAAUGCUGGAAAGACGAAAAUGCAACUGAUUUAUUCCUGAAUGAUAAGCUUGAUAUUAUUCAAUGCCUGCGCUCUUUGCCAACUUUAGACCCUUCCAAAACGGAGCUGUUUCAUGAAGAUCACGUGGAAUCAUGGUCCAAUUUUGAUCCGGUGAUGGAUGGGGAUUUUAUACCUAAAUUAAUUCCAUCUCUUCUCAAAGAUGAUCCUCACUUGGAAGAUAUUGGUUUCUAUGAUAGGAAAUAUUUCAUAACUAUAGAAAAUAACAUACAUUUUUACUGGGCUGAUAUCUUUUUAACUAUAAAGCAACAUUUAAAAAACAUUAGUAUUGAUGAUGAUGCCGAAAACCUGAAGUUUUGGAAUGGUUAUAGUUUAACGUGGGCAAAAGUCGUCAUCCGUAAUUGAUUGAAUACAGAGAGGUUGUCAGACGAUUUGGCUUCAAAAAUGUUGUAUUGGUAUCAAACUAACUCUCACCUUGACCCUAUUCUUGAGCUGCAGACAGAUUUCAGGUUCACGAUUCGAGCCUAUGACAUUCUAGACACGAUAGCGCGAGGAAGACAUACCAAUGUCUGGUUCCUUCACUUCAAUCACUACCCUGAUUACUUAAAGGAGGAAUUUCAUGGAAUGAUAUAUAAUUUAGAUUUGCUGUAUCUGUUUGAUAUCGAUAUGGAUGUUUUACGUCAGUCCUACGAGCGAUAUGUGACAGGAGAAUUUGAAGAAGAAGAUUAUCAAUUAAAGAAAUCAUUUUCUUCUCUUGUAGCAGCUUUUGUUUUAAAUGGGUAA